AUGAAGAUCUCAUGUCUAAUCCUUCUCGCAGCCAUUGCCAGUGUCUCUGGUAAGAAAGAGGACGACGACCUACCACCACAGCCUACAAUGGAAUUCGUCCAUCACCUAACGCUAUCUGAUUCCAAGGUUUGCGGAGAUGGCGAGACCGUUCAUAUUGAAUGUGGAUUGAAUAUCAUGCAACGCCUUCCAAUUCCAGAAGAACUAGAAGACGAAAAGAAGGACAAAGAUAAGGAGGACCCACCAAAUGCCGCCGGCGGAGGCUUGCGACGAAGGCUAAAAAAGGAAGACGAUGAACCAAAGGAGCCCGAGUUGCUCCCCCCUUUGUUUUCGUCUGAUAUUUAUGAAAUGGAAAUCACAAACUGCACAAACUCAGUCAAGGGCCAAAACCGCACAAUGGAACUGGCUGGUCGUCAAUUGAUUGUGGAAGCUGAAGGUUUCCAGAAUAUUGAUGUUGCAUCUGUCGAUCCCUACAACAAUACUGAAACCAUCAUGACACGACAAGGCCGCAUGAAGUUUUGGGAGCGACCAACGGAAUUGCAACAGCUCAUGGGCUACCAAAAGUCCGAUCAUAUUGGAAAUCUUCUAUUCAAGGUUGUUGUGGAGAGAAAGAAGAUCAUCGACCAAACCGAAAUGUUUGUUGGAAUGACUCUGACCAUGCAAGCCAUGGCCGAUGCCAUUAUGAUGAACGAUACUGGUGUCAUGUUUCCAGAGCCAGUGCCGGCCUACAAAAACUACACCCAAGUCAUCUCUGCCGAAUUGGACUGGGAGCGCAUGGAAAAUGUCGUCUGCAGUCCAAAGAAGUUUGUAACUGCAAUGCCAACCCCUCAGCCCACUCAAUCGGUAGUUCCAUCAAUGGAACCAUCAAUGGAACCAUCCGCAAAUCCAUCUCUUUCUCUGGUCCCGUCCAAAAUGCCAUCUUCGGCCCCAACUCCUUUGCCGUCCAUUACUCCAUCUACGAUCCCAUCGAGUGCUCCAUCUACGCUCCCAUCUGAUCUUCCAUCCACCGUACCAUCCACAGUCCCAUCGGCUCUCCCGUCGACUUUACCAUCCCCAGAGCCUUCGUCACUUCCAACGGCAUUGCCAUCCCCAGCGCCUUCGCCACUUCCAACGGCUUUGCCAUCCUCAGUACCGUCUCCUUUACCGACAUCAGGGCCAACUGCCGGGCCAACCACCACAGACUAUGACCCUCAAGGUCCGGACAAUAAUGCUGCGAACCCAGAUUUCACCGGAACCGUCCCAUCCCGUCAAAGCCCGUACGAUGGACCAAUGGACCAAGACAAUCUUGGCGAAUUUACAAGGGAAUACUAUGGGACAAUGGGAGAAGCUCACGACACUGAGAAACCAGACUUGAUUAUUCCAUAA